AUGAGUAGUUAUGAGUUUUGGUUUAGUGAUGAGGAGGAUGAAAUCGAGGAUUUACAUUUUGAAACGGUGCGAGUUGAGCGUCGCAGAUUGAGGGAUUUGAGUAAUCCCUUGGAUAUGCCAUCAAAUUUAUUUUUAAAUUACUUUCGUGUAUCGAAAGAGCUUUUCCGAUAUUUAUUGAACAUUGUGGAUGGCAAAUUAGGAGGAACCAAAUCUUCAUCUGUGCAGCCGAUGUUAAAGCUCUCAGCUGCGUUGAGAUUCUUCGCUGAAGGGAGCUAUCAGAAAGGUGUUGGCAACGAUUUCUUUGCUGGAAUGGCACAACCCACACUAUCGAAGGCAUUAUCCGCUGUUAUCGAUGUGUUCGAAGCAGCAGUUUCAGAAGUCGAAAAGCGUGAAAUCAAGCACAGCUUUUACGAAAAAACUGGAUUUCCCGGCGUAAUAGGUUGCGUGGAUGGUACGCAUGUCAGGAUUGUUAAGCCUGUUGGUGAUAUUCAGCACCUAUAUUACAACAGAAAAGGCUUUCAUAGUUUGAACGUUAUGCUUGUCUGCGAUCAUAAACAGAUGAUCCGUUACGUGGAUGCAAACAGUCCCGGUGCCAAUCACGACUCGUUUAUUUGGAAUAAUAAUCCAUUAGAUGUUGAGUUGAGUCAGCAAUACCAGAAUGGAGAAAGAAAUACUUGGCUUUUGGGUAAGCUUCGAACUAUAGGAGUAAUGAAGAAUGUGUUUAGGUGCAUCUUAGGAGCUCGUCAGCUGCACUACAAACCAGAAAAAGCUGCAAAAAUUGUUAAUGUAUGCUGUGCUUUGCACAAUUUGAGAAAACAAUUUAAUCUUCCCGAUGAUAACUUUGACGAGUUGAUUGAUAUUCAUCAAAUUGAAGAUAAUGCACAUAAUAAUGAAAAUGAUGCAUCAGUAAACGAAAUAAGACAGCAAAUAAUGUACCCUAUCGCUUGA